GUUUGCAGCUAUAGAAGACCAGCCACACAUUUGCAGUAGGUUACAACAGGAUGUUUCUGAAUGAAAGAGGCGCGACGACAGCCAGUGAGUCCAGAGAGUUGGGGGAUCGACCGUGAAGACUGGGAGAUCGACCAGUAGAUCGCAUUCGGCGGGUUGGCGACCACUGGUUGAAAUCAAUUUAGCUAACUUAGUAUUGGGUUUUAUAAUUGAUUCAAUGAGUUGGAAAUAAACUCAUGAGAUGCAAGUAUUCUAGUUUUAGCAUACGAUCAGAUAAGAGCAGGUUUUAUUGUGAAAUAUUAAACAGGGGAGGGUUAUUCAAACUGAGAAUCAAAAUGGUUACUAUUUUAUUGAAACAGAAAGUGGAAGUGGUUCACAGAAACCAGCCUUUAGUGGAACUUACCUGACUUAUGACUCAUCUACUAUCAACUCCACCUCUCACACACACACACACACACAAAGCUCCGCCUACUGAACCGUCGAGAAGAGGAAGAGUCACUGAAGAGAAGCAGAGUCUCCGAGGAAGUUUCUCUUGAAGUUUUUCAGAGAAAGUUUGUACUUUUUAACCAUGGCGUGUGAAAGUAACAGCGUGUCUGAUGAGAGGAUAGGAGAGGCCCUGAUCAGAGAGGUCAUUGAGGAGGAGCUGAAACACAUACCCUCCGAGGACGUCCUGUCCUUCACCCUCCCUGCUGUGGAACUAAAGAAUGAGCAGGAGGACAAGUUUGUGGACCAGCUGGGCACAUUGUUCCGCAAAAUUGGUGACAGAAUAAAGGAUGACGUGGAGAUCCAAGAUGGAAUAGAUGGGCUUGCACAAGGCUUCAAGUGGAACAGAUUUAUGGAAAUGGCAAACAAGGCGUUUGAGCAUGGAAUCACCUGGGAGAAGAUUGCUAUUCUCUUCUAUGUUGCCGGCAAGUUGGCAGUCAAAAUGGUGGAGGCUCAUAAGCUUCAGUCAGUGACGGAGAUACUGAAGUGGACCGUGGACUAUUUCAAAAAGUAUCUCUUGGGCUGGAUUCGGGGACGAGGAGGAUGGAUCUGCAGUUUCUCAGAACUGGCGGUGGCGUCCGUGCAGAUCACGUCAUCCAUGAGCUCUCACAGAGGAGGCCUUAUCAUCAUCUUCUUCACCGGCAUAGCUCUCGGAAGCUUCAUCAGCUGGAGACUGACCAGAUGACUCUGAGGCGCACCUUGUUGCCGUAAAGAUGGUUAUUUUCCCCUCUAAUUUUUUUUACAAUUUCUCUGCAAAACUUGAAAACUUGAGGGUGACAGCGAUGACUCUAGAGCUGCAGCCAGUAGAGCCAGAAAC